CGCCCAUUCCCUUCCCCUCCCUUCCUGCUGUGCGAAAUCGAACGCCCAAACCCCUAACACAUGCUAUUCGUAUUCGGAUCUGACCAUGUAUUUUUCUUACUAACUUCGAUUUUUUGCAAAAUUAUUGGGUGUACAUGUGUACAUCCAUGUCCUAUACUGCUAUACAGGGUCCGUCCCUGGUUCAUGAUCCAGGCAAUGGCAUCACAGGCUGGAGGUGGCGGAGGUGGGGAUGCUGGCUCGGCGCAACGCGGGCAGAUUCAGGGUUUGGCAAGACAGGGUUCUUUAUACAGCCUUACCCUGGAUGAGGUGCAGAACCAUUUGGGAGAGCCAUUGCUUAGCAUGAAUUUCGAUGACCUCCUGAAGACCGUGUUUCCUGACGGUGUAGACCCGAAUGGCCCUGUCAUAGGCAAGCCUGAUCCAGCAUCGAGCCUGCAGCGACAAGGGAGCAUUGUGAUGCCUCCGCAGCUGAGCAAGAAGACUGUUGAUGAGGUGUGGAAGGGCAUCCAGGAUGGACCAGAGACCAGUGCUAGAGAAGGUGGUCAGCACAGGCGGGAGAGGCAGCCGACGCUUGGGGAGAUGACACUUGAGGACUUCUUGGUUAAAGCUGGGGUUGUUCCGGAAGGACUUAUGAGGGAUUCAGAUGAUUUUCUGGUCAAUAUGGAUACAGUUGGGAGCAAUGUUAUGGUGGCUGGCACUUCCAGUUUGAACCCUGGAGCACAGUUGUUGCAGCAGUACCAGCAGCAAGCUUUGGAGUCCCAGCAACCGAGUUUGGUGGGUUCAUACAUGGCUGGUCAGUUGGCUCCCCAGCCAUUGUCUGUUGCUACAGGUGCUAUGUUGGAUUCAAUGUACUCCGAUGGCCAGAUUACUUCACCAACACUUGGUGCAUUUUCGGACCCUCAGACACCUGGGCGCAAGCGUGGUGUCUCAGGGGAGGUGGUAGAUAAGGUGAUUGAAAGAAGGCAGAAGAGGAUGAUAAAAAAUAGGGAAUCAGCUGCACGGUCAAGAGCGAGAAAGCAGGCUUAUACUAAUGAGCUUGAAAACAAGGUAUCCCUUCUAGAAGAGGAGAAUGAGAGGCUAAAGAAACAGAAGGUACUUUUAUCCUUUUCUUGUUCUUUCUGUGGAGGGUAUUCAGCAAAAAACAUUUCACUAUGUCUUCAUAUUAAACUGUCAGUUCUUGCAAAACUGUUGUUCUUCAGAUGGUCAAGUCUUCUGUUCUAUGUUAACUAUCUAUUCAUUUCCUGGUUCCUUUUUUUUCUUUUAGUGCUCAAUAGCUAUGUCAUGUGCUACCUGACAACCACAAUUGACGUAUGAUGCUUUAGAUCUCUCUCUCUCUCUCUCUCUCUCUCUCUCUCUCUCUCUCUGACCUCCUAAAAGUUACUACUAUUUUCUUUCAGUGUUGGAUGAACAAUUUUGAAGUUAGUCAACCAGGCUUUCAUUGUUGUUUCUGCUUUCUACAACAUCACACAUGUGUUGUUUGUAUUGUUUAGUUUAGCAUCUUAAAUCAGCAAUAUGAAUCUAUAUAAGGGGGAGAGGAAGUAUUUUCCUCAUUAUUAAGGUUUGCAAUGGGAACAAGUCCUCAGAUUCAGAGAACCUAAUGGACAUUGGACAAUAUCUGCAAUUGCAUCAUAACUUACUAGUUAUAUAUGGAGAUGCUUGAUGCCAAUACUUUUGUUAUGACUGCCAAAAACAGAGCUUCUGCUGAGCAUUAGAAAUUUUAGUUAUGUUGAGAAACUUUGUUCCAUUCAUCUUUAUACUAUUUAUCAGAUUUUGCACUGAUCAGAUUUGUUAUUUCACAAUGUAUGACCUCACAAUCCAUUUCUUUUUAAGCCUAGCACAAUGAGAUUGUGACGCUCCUUUUCUAUUCUGGCGAUGCAUCAAAUUUUGGCACCAUGAAGUAAUUGAGUGCUUGAUCUGCAUGCUGCGUUUUUUCUUGACAGUGGGUAAACGGUAGCGCUUUACUUGCAUGCAAUGCUGCUUAUAAUUUUUUUUCGUGCUUGUAUUCAUUCUGAUGUCAUUUCUAACGUUGCCUUUUCAUUGGGGGUCCUAUACUUACAUUAUUUUCAGGAAUUUGGUGAGAUAAUGAGCUCUGCUCCUCCUCCAGAACCGAAGUAUCAGCUCAGGAGAACAAGUUCGUCCGCCCUUUGAUUUUGGGAUGGUGACAAUGCUCAUAGCGAUUUUUGUACAUUACACCUAUAUAGUUUGCUUUCUUUUUCUUUCUUUUUUUUUUGUGUGUGUGUGUGUUUGGGGGGGGGGGGGGGGGUAAGAAACAAUUGAUAGAUUGAGGCUAUAGGAUCAGUAGCAACCCUUGAUCAUUUCCGAGGCGUUGUCAGUAUGUAAAUCUUCUAGACACAUGAUUAGUCCUGAGAGCUCUUAGAGCAACUCCAAGAGGCUGCUAAUCUUA